ACUCUAACACACACACACACACGACCUAUGGGCUAUCCGAUUAAACCUGAGACUGAGGCAGCAGUGGUCAUUAACAUUACUCCCUCAGUCGGUUGCACUGCUACACAUUUACAAGAGCUAUCAGCUGUUUCACAACAACACACACGAGGACUAGCAGCAGGAGCAGAACCAGGAUUGACUUGGGACCAACUCAUUCAGGACACACUCCUAAAGGACUCCUACGGCUCUCCUUUGACAACAGGAGGCCUCGCAGGAACACUCAAUCUCAUACAGCGAUAGACACAAACCUAGGCUGGUCAAGCAGUGGUGUCUAGUGAGAGGCUAUGGCUGAGGGACCAAGGAAGAGUUUUCUAAUGGAGCCGACUGGUACUACUACUGUUACUACUACUUCUGCUGCUGCCUACCCCCGGAAGAUUCUGGACUAUAUGGAAGGCUUCCUGGUCUCCAAGACCCUGUUCACAGCCUGUGAGCUGGGUGUGUUUGACCUGCUGGCCUCGUCACAGCGCCCCCUGUCUCUAGAGGAGGUAGCGCAGGGCAUUAGGGCCAGCCUGGACGGGACUGAGAGGCUACUGGCAGCCUGCACCGGGCUGGACCUACUCAAUACACACACACUGGACGGACAGGUGAUAUACAGUAACACAGAGCAGUCCAGUGUGUAUCUGACCCAGUCCAGUCCAGUGUCCCUGACCCAGUCCAUCCACUACAGCUCCAAGACCAUCUACCUCUGCUGGCACUACCUGACCGACGCUGUGAGGGAGGGCAGUAACCAGUAUGAGAAGGCGUUCGGUGUCAAAUCUGAAGAUCUGUUUGAAGCCCUGUACAGGUCUGAGGAGGAGAUGGUAAAGUUUAUGCAGCUGAUGAACUCCAUCUGGAACAUCUGUGGUCGAGACGUCGUGACGGCCUUCAACCUCUCACCUUUCACAACCAUCUACGACCUCGGGGGUUGUAGUGGAGCGCUAGCCAAGCAGUGUGUGUUGACGUACCCAGAAUGCACUGUGACGAUCUUUGACCUCCCUAAGGUGGUGAAGACAUCCAGAGAACACUUUGUUACCGACGACAACCAGAGGGUCAGCUUCCAUGAAGGAGACUUUUUUAAAGAUGCACUGCCAGAUGCUGACCUCUAUAUUCUGGCGAGAAUCCUUCAUGACUGGACGGACGAGCGCAGCAUAGAACUACUGACCAAAGUCUACAGGGCUUGCAGACCAGGAGGAGGUGUGUUGGUGGUAGAGGCGUUGCUGUGUGAAGACGGGUCAGGGCCUCUGACAGCCCAGCUGUACUCUCUGAACAUGCUGGUGCAGACGGAGGGGAAAGAGCGGACGGCAGCAGAGUACACUGCCCUGCUGACAGCCUCAGGGUUUCAAAACAUACAGGUGGAGAGGACAGGCAAGAUCUAUGAUACUGUCCUGGGACGCAAGUAGAGAAGUCUCUAUAUCUACUGUUGAUGUUUCUGAUAUACAGAUUUGCUAUCUUAAUUUGAUCACUCUGUUGUAGCAGAGAAUUUUCAAAAUACAUUUUGUAGUGUAUUCAAGGUUUGAAAAGGCUUCUAAAGUUUGUAAUUUCCACUAUAAAAUGUCAGACUUGAUUAACAA